UCUUCCUGCACCCAGCAUGAGUGAACUUUCUAGACAUGGGUCUGCAUUUAAAGUGUUCCUAAACCCCGGACCCGGCAUUCACUAUAUCUGGUCUCCCAGGACCCUGCAUUCACUAUAUCCGGUCUCCCAGGACCCGGCAUUCACUAUAUCCGGUCUCCCAGGACCCUGCAUUCACUAUAUCCGGUCUCCCAGGACCCUGCAUUCACUAUAUCCGGUCUCCCAGGACCCUGCAUUCACUAUAUCCGGUCUCCCAGGACCCUGCAUUCACUAUAUCCGGUCUCCCAGGACCCUGCAUUCACUAUAUCCGGUCUCCCAGGACCCUGCAUUCACUAUAUCCGGUCUCCCAGGACCCUGCAUUCACUAUAUCCGGUCUCCCAGGACCCUGCAUUCACUAUAUCCGGUCUCCCAGGACCCUGCAUUCACUAUAUCCGGUCUCCCAGGACCCUGCAUUCACUAUAUCCGGUCUCCCAGGACCCUGCAUUCACUAUAU